AUGUGUGGGUUAAGCUAUGAAGCAAAGGAUACCGGCUAUCCAGCAGGGCUUAUGGCUGAUUGUAUGAACCACACUACUACACUGUCUGAAGAAACGAAACGCUCCGUCUCUGUAGUGCUAGUGAUCCCGACUACGAACUUUCUACUGCCGUACCAGGACGUAAGGUGCAAGCUCGAUGAUGCUGCAUGUGUAACCAAGUAUUUCAAAUUCCAAGGCAAAGUUACUCAGGUCUUGAUAAGCGGCUAUUUGGUUGCAACGUUCUCUCCUUUACUCCGCUCUGUCAUCGCUCAGUACCUGAAGAUGAAAAGAAACGUCCUAGUGUUGGAUGUAUUUCCUGUUCUGGUUCGAUCUUACCCAUUAGCUGCUCGCCUGACAAAGCCAUUAGGGAAGCUUCUUGGACAGUUACUGGCGUCACUUACCCACAAGGGCCUGUCUUCGAGCCGACUUGAGAUGGUGGGCGCUAGUUUAGGCGCUCACAUUGCAUCCCAUGCAGCUGUAGAAUAUUACCGCCUGACUGGACAACGACCCGCUAGGGUAACAGGUUUAGACCCCGCCGGGCCCUGUUUCCGCAACCUGCCUAAGAAAGCGAGGCUACACGCAGAUGUUGCGGAGAAGGUGGAUGUAGUGCACACUAAUAUUGAUGGGUUUGGGAUAGCUGAGCCGUUAGGUGAUGUCGACUUUUAUGUCAAUGGCGGCGAAUUUCAACCUGCUAUAAAAGGAGAUUUCAUACUUCCGUGUUUCCAACUGUGCAGCCAUAUUCGAGCUGGUUUCUAUUUCCUCUUAGCUCACACAAACCCAGACCAAUUUAUCGCUGUUGGUUGCGAUUCGGUGGCAGAAGUCCGUCAUGGAAACUGUUUCGGAGGGAAAAUAAAAACAAAUGUACUUGGGCCAAGGACAAACUUUAAUAAAACCGGGAUAUUUUACUUACCGACAGACGCCGUUUUCUCCGUAUUAUUUAGGAUUAAAUGGAUUGAAGAAACGGAAAUAUGGAGUGAAUGA